GGAGGAGCACAUUAAGCUGUUGCACACGUUCAAAUUACAACCGACUAUUUAGCGUUUAGGAUGAGUCGAUAAAAGGACCGUGAUGUGCCAGCGGAGAACAUUUUAAAAGUUCGGGCAGUUUGUGGGCUGAAAAAGACAUUUUUACUUCCUGUCUGGACCUGCCAAUGGAGUCUCCGUUCACAUCCGACUGGAGCGGUUCUGAAGACGACCGACUGGACCGAGCUUUCCUCAUGGACCAGAUGUCGCUUGUCGUCCCAGAGACGCCCAGCCCGCUUCGAAGCAAGACCAGGCGAUCCGCACGUCUUGCAGAGGACGCGUCCAGCUCGGUGAUGACGCGGCUUUCAGCAGCGCGGGGGAAACACUCCCACGCCACCGCCGGCACGGCCAGGCCAGCUAAACGCAGGAAGGUGGCGAGGGCGUCACCGGGACGUGGCUCUGCGGCCGUCUCUUCUCGAACGCUGUUUCCCGACCCCGAUUGGCUGGACGACACCUCCUCGUCUUCCUCGUCCUGCUCAUCUUCAUCCGCGUCGUCAUCCUCUUCAUCCACCUCCUCAUCCACCUGCUCAUCUUCAUCCGCGUCGUCAUCCAGCUCCUCAUCCACCUCCUCAUCCACCUCCUCUCCCCCCCGCGUAACGCCGGCAAACUCAUUGUCCUUCCUGACGGUGGCGGAGAAGAGGUGGCUGAGAGGCGAGUGUGGCGAUGUCUCGGCAGCGGUGGCGGAACAUGAGGUGGUCCUCAUCGACGACGACGACGACCACAUCCAGUUGGUUUGCGCGGCACAGAUGGAAGAAGAUGAAGCGUUUGCGCGAAGCCUGCAGGCUCAGUUUGACCAAGAGGAGGCGCAGUUGCACCAGCAUCAUCAUCAAAGGCCCCGCCGCACUCGCGUCGACCGGUCGUCGCCGCCGGGCAGAGGCCGCCGUUGGAGGACCGAGGACGACUUCUCCGAGGACGACUUCUCCGAGGACGACUUCUCCGAGGACGACUACGAGGCGCUCCUGGCGCUGGAGGAGCAGCAAGGCGCCGUGGUGUCCAAGAAGCUCACACGAGAGCACGUCCUGCGCUUCCCCAUCAAGCGCUUCCAGUCGGGCGCCGGCAACGCCGGGUGUCAGAUCUGCUUUGGCGACUACGACCACGGCGAGCGUCUGAGGAUGCUGCCGUGUUUCCACGACUACCACGUGGCCUGCAUCGACCGCUGGCUGCAGGACAACACCACCUGCCCCAUAUGUAGAGUGGACCUGGCCGACCUUUGACCUCUGCUACCUUGACGUCGUUCUUUUCCUUCUAAGCAAAACCGAAAUCUUUCGAAAUAAAAACUCUAUUGACUUAA